AUGAGCUCUAAGAAUAAACUUGAGCAGUUGAGAAGGCUGCAACAGGCCAGAAAGCACAAAUCCAGCAAGGAUAUCUUGGAUGAACAAUUAGAAGAGGAAAACGUGUAUGACCUGAUCGAUGAAGACCAAUACAGAAACCGGAAAAGACAGGAAUUGUUGAGGGAUGACUUCAUUGAGGAUGAUGAUGGAAGUGGGUACGUUGACCGCGGUGUUGAUGAAUGGAACGAACAAGAGGAAUAUUACUCUGACGAGGAUAUUUACAAUGGUAAAGGUGAGAAGCAAGGGAAGAAGGGCUCGAGUAAGAAUGGAAACAAGGGCAAGGACACCAUUUCAGAUAUUAUAAAGCAGCAGAAUGUUAAGAGAAAGAUAGCUGCCCCUGAAAAGAAACAGAGGAAAGUGGCUCUUGAUGAAUUUGAUGAUAUAUUGAACGAAUUUGACUCGGAGCCAUUGGUGAAGAAACCUAAACUGGUGAUACCUAAGAAACAACUUGACAGUAGCCCAUCAGUGAGCUUCAAGACAUCACAACCAGAUACGUCACCACUUAAGGGGAAGGAGACAGUGUUGUCUAGGAUGAGCAGUGUUGUGCCCUCUGGAUCUGACGGUAUUGAGGAAGACAAUGAUAUAGCUUCGCUGCUAGAAAAUGUCGGUAGUUCUCCAUCAAUGAAAAAACAAAAGGCCUAUGAUAGUGUAGAAGACGAAGAUGAUGAAGAUGACGAAGAUGAAAUCCACUUCAAUAGAAGGAAAGUGAAGAGUGUUGCGGCACAAAGACAACUGAAUAUACAUGCAAAAGCAGCUGUUCCAGUGACCUCAUCACCAACAUAUGUGACAGCCCCAAACACCCCAAUUUCUAGUUCUGUGAGACCCUCUUCUGGGGUUGAAAUUUCGAGAACCAGCAUGAGGCAAAGGAUUCCGACUGAAGAUAUAGUUGAUUCAGACACAGGUAAGUUCAAGUUCUUUUGGACAGAUUUCUCUGAAAUCGAGUCUUCUUUGAUUCUAUUCGGUAAAGUCAGGACAAAGAAGGAUCAAUUUGUAAGCGCAAUGGUUCAAGUAAGUGGUUUUAAUAGAGAGCUAUACUUUUUACCAAGAGAGGGUAAAACGCCAUCGGAUGUGCAUAAAGAAAUCAUUCCUCUAUUAUUAGAUAAAUAUGGUUUAGAAUCCUUACGUGCUAAGCCAGAAAAGAAAAAGUACGCUUUCGAACUUCCAGGGAUUCCUCAUGAAGCAGAAUAUCUAAAAGUUCUACUACCUUUCAACACUCCGAAAUGUAAAUCAAGUGCUAUUCCAUCUGAUCUACAAGGUGACACAUUCAAACAUGUGUUUGGUGGUAAUACAACCAUGUUCGAGAAUUUUGUCAUUCAGCGUAAGAUUAUGGGGCCCUGUUGGUUAGAGAUAUCUGACGGUGAUUUUGAUUCUGUACAAGGAGCUUCUCAUUGUAACGUCGAAGUGACCGUGAAAUCUCCAAAUUCAAUAACUCCAACUAAUGAAAAGCAAUCUCCAGCCUUGAACUGUGUGUCGCUAGCUAUUCAAACCGUUAUGAACUCCAAAGAAAAUAAACAAGAGAUUGUUUCUAUAAGUAUGGCAGUCUUCAAGAAUUUACCACAAGAUUCUUCAAUACCUAAAGAUUUAAAGCCCAAUGAAGUUGUCACACUUGUAAGGCCACCCCAAGGAUCCACUUUCCCACCGCUACUGGGAGCAAAGUCUAAGAAAGAAUUGCCCGGAAAUGUACGUCUGUUUAACAAUGAAAAGACAUUAUUAAAUUGCUUCUGUGCUCUUUUGAAAGUGAAUGAUCCGGAUGUGAUAAUUGGACAUAGGUUGGAAAGUGUCAUUCUUGAUGUUCUUGCCCAUAGAGCACAUGAACUAAACAUUCCUCAAUUUAGCGUAUUUGGGAGAAGGAUGCGUAAAGCUUGGCCAGAUAGAUUUGGAAAGUAUAAUAACAACAUGACACAGUUUAUCAUUAGAGACCUAUUCGCUGGUAGAUUGCUUUGUGAUAUUUCAAACGAAAUGGGUCAAUCUUUGACUCAGAAGUGUCAGAACUGGGAACUCAAUGAAAUGUAUCAAAUAUCGUGUGGCAUUGAAAGAAAGUCGCUUGAAAUAAAUUAUUUGAGCCCAAUAUACCAAGAAGACGAAUCGCAAAUGAUUCUAGCUUUAGGUGAAAAUAUUGAAAACUCUAUAAUAACUGCGGAAGUUGCCUUCAGAAUCCAGAUUCUUUCUUUAACCAAGCAAUUGACAAACCUAGCGGGGAACGGAUGGAGACAGACACUAGGUGGUACCAGAGCUGGUCGUAAUGAAUACAUUUUGCUGCAUGAAUUUAAUAGAAAUGGCUAUAUUUUACCAGAUAAGGAAACCAAGCAGAUGAAACAAGAAAGACAACAGAAAACUGAAGACUUGGAAGAACCUGUUGUAUCCAGUAAGAAAUCAAAAUACCAAGGUGGUUUAGUCUUUGAGCCAGAGAAAGGUUUGCAUAAGAAUUAUAUUUUAGUUAUGGAUUUCAACUCUUUGUAUCCUUCCAUCAUUCAAGAAUUCAAUAUUUGUUUCACUACUGUUACUAGGGAUCCUAAUAAUAUUGAAGAGCUUCCGGAUGUUCCUUCUCAGGAUAAUCCUCAGGGUGUUUUACCUCGGUUAUUAGCAAACCUUGUUCAAAGGCGUAGAGAAGUUAAAAACUUGAUGAAGAAUGAAAAUGACCCUGCAAAGAGGGCGCAAUAUGAUAUUAGGCAACAGGCAUUAAAGUUAACGGCAAACUCUAUGUACGGUUGUUUGGGUUAUGUGAAUAGUAGAUUUUAUGCCAAACCAUUGGCCAUGCUUGUUACUAAUAAAGGUAGAGAAAUUCUUAUGAACACAAGACAACUGGCGGAAAGUCUGGGCUUGACUGUGGUUUACGGUGAUACAGACUCUGUGAUGAUCAGUACAGGGUGUGAUAAUUACAAAGAUGCCAUUAAAAUUGGUGAAAACUUCAAGAAACUGGUCAAUGAAAGAUACAGUUUACUCGAGAUCGAUAUAGAUAAUGUCUUUAAGAGACUCUUGCUUCAUGCUAAGAAAAAGUACGCAGCAUUGAACGUUACGAUCGACAAACAAAAUAACGAGAAGACCACAUUAGAGGUGAAGGGUCUUGAUAUGAAACGUCGUGAGUUUUGUCCAUUGUCUAAGGAGGUAUCUACGCAUGUCCUGAACAUUUUACUUUCAGACAAGGAUUCUGAGACUGCUUUGCAGGAGAUUUAUGCGUACAUGGAGGAUAUCAGGCAAAAGGUCGAGAACAACGAAAUCAGAAUGGACAAGUAUAAGAUAAACACAAAACUAUCGAAAGAUCCUAAGUCAUAUCCUGGUGGUAAAAACAUGCCUGCUGUCCAGGUUGCCUUGCGGAUGAGAGAGGCAGGUCGGGUUGUGAAGGCCGGUUCGGUUAUAACUUUUGUCAUCACCAAGGGAAACAAUGAAACGUCACAAGAAGCUGACCAAGCAAGCGUUGCCGAAAGAGCUAGAGCAUUGAACGAGGUUAUGAAUAAGAAGAACGGACUACACCCGGACCCUGUGUAUUACCUAGGAAAGCAGAUCUUCUCUCCAGUGGAGAGAUUACUGGAACGUAUUGAGAGUUUCGAUAUUGUUAGACUAAGUGAAGCUCUAGGGCUCGACAGCAGAAAGUACAUAAACCGUGGUGGCACCAAUGGCGAAUUAAACGGCAACGGCAUAGAUAAUCUACAGCCUUUAGAGACCACUAUAUCUGACGAAGAGAGGUUUGGCGAUAGUGUCUCAUUGGAACUGGCAUGUCCAAGCUGCAGUGCCAAGUUUGCAUUCGGCGGGAUCGUUGCAUCCAACGACUACAGGGUCGUAUAUUCGGGCAUUCAAUGUACCAAAUGUAGCCAUAUCCUGACCCCGAUCCAAGUCACAUCCCAACUAGAACGAGUCAUUCGCGCCCAUAUCUCUCUGUACUAUGCCAGCUGGGUGAGAUGCGACGACUCUACCUGCGGUAACGUCACAAGACAGAUAUCGGUUUUCGGUAAACGGUGUCUGAUGGACGGUUGUACUGGUGUUAUGAGCUAUAAGUACUCCGACAAACGUCUGUACAACCAGAUGCUUUACUUCCAGUCACUAUUUGACUUAAACAAGAACAAGACUCAGGCAUUGAAGCCACUCUACCAUCCAGGAGACAAGAAUGCCCCAGAGAAACCACUCUCUCAUUCCGAGAUCCAGGCUCUCGCAGAACAAAACAGAUCUCUAUUCGAAACCGCAAAGCAAGUGGUAGAAAAAUACCUGAGUGACUGUGGACGCGCAUACGUUGACAUGGGAAGCAUAUUCGACUUCAUGCAACAAUAG